UAUAUAAUAGUCUUUCAAGCUUGCGUCCUCUUUCUUCUCUUCUUCUUAUACUUCGCAAAGAAAGCUUAAGCUCUGCUCUGUUAAUCUUAAAAAUUUUCUUUUCCUUUAUUUUGUCUUGUUUGUUAUUCUGAGAACUCGAGAAGUACAGAACCAUGUCUUCUUCUUCUUCUUCAUCUACCGUUGGAGUUGAUAAGGCGACCAGUGAUCUUCUGAAUGGUCCUGACUGGACUAUGAACAUGGAAAUAUGUGAUUUUAUCAAUACUGGUCACUGGCAAGCGAAAGAUGUCGUCAAAGCUCUGAAGAAACGAUUGCAGCAUAAGAACCCAAAAGUUCAACUUCUUGCUCUGACCCUCUUGGAAACCAUGAUAAAGAAUUGUGGAGAUUAUGUGCACUUUCAAAUUGCUGAACGGGAUAUUCUACAGGAGAUGAUCAAAAUUGUAAAGAAGAAGACAGAUAUGCAUGUCAGAGAUAAAAUCUUGGUACUUCUAGACUCUUGGCAGGAAGCCUUUGGUGGGCCAGGGGGAAAAUAUCCUCAAUACUACUGGGCAUACGAGGAAUUAAGGCGUUAUGGAGUACAAUUUCCCCAGCGUUCCUCAAAUGCCGCUCCAAUAUUUACUCCGCCUGUUACGUAUCCAUCACUGGGGCAUGCUCAAGCAGGUUAUGGAAUGCCCAGCAAUACUUCAAGAAGGCUUGAUGAAGCAAUGGCAUCUGAGACUGAAACUUUGAGUUCAUCAAACAUAGAUUCUAUGCGGAGUGUUAUGGACCUCUUGACUGACAUGCUGCAAGCAUUGAACCCAAAUGACCAAAAGGCAGCUAAAGAUGAAGUGAUAAUUGAACUUGUCAAUCAGUGUCGCGCCAACCAGAAAAAGCUGGUGAACAUGCUAAGUUCGACUGGAGAUGAGGAGCUUCUGGGUCUGGGUCUCGUAUUAAAUGACAGCUUACAAAGUCUGCUUGCAAAACAUGAUGCUCUAGCCUCCGGUUCACCACUGCCUGCUGAAGCAAGAGACACUAAGCCUACACCAACUGAAGAGAGAGACUCAAAUUCCAGACCAAAUGGAGUGAGGGACUCCAGCCCCCGACCAAAUGAAGCGAAAGAUUACAGUCCCCAGCCAAAUGUGGGGCCCUCUACACUUAUAUCCUCAGUGGCAAGCUACCAGGUCGACGACGAGGAAGAAGAGGAUGAUGACUUUGCUCAGCUCGCUCGCAGGCGUACAAUAACUACGCUCGUGCCUUCUCAAGGAACAUCUGCUGGCAAUGGAGAAGGGUCUUCCUUGUUGAACUUGAGCAAUGGUACAACCCUGUCCGCAGAAGAAGCUCUGAUCCCCAGCCCAAGCAAUGCCUUGGUUCUAUCAGACCCUCCUGCACCAGUUCAGACAAGUACAAAAGAACAAGACAUGAUCGACCUUCUGAGCAUCACCUUGUCAACGACCUCAAAUUCACCCGACCAGCCUCAAACAGCUCCACCAUCUUCUGAUCAGAGCAUGCAUCAAGUUCCUGUUUCCCACACACCUCCAACCCCUUCUAACCAAAAUAUGUAUCAGGUACCUAUUGCACCCAGUACACAAGGGUACCCAUAUGGUUUCCAGCCCUACACUGGAAACCAAGGCCAGGUAUCCUACAACAAUUAUGUUGCUCCUUGGGUGCACCCUCAACCUCAACCUCAACCUCAACUCCAACCACAAUAUCCCCAGUACUCAUCCAACUACCCUCCCCCACCGUGGGCAGCAAACCUUACCAAUUCAAACCAGAGCCAGGUAUCUGCCACAGCCUCUUACAUGACUAUGGCUCCUCGUGCCAAUACGGCCAGUUCAAACAUGUCCUUGCCAAUGGCUAGAGCUUCGCAGUACAAUUAUUCACUUCCAGCAAGAGAUACUAAUGCAUCAACUAUUCAGAGGGAAGCACAGGCAACCUACACUCCGAGGCUUGCACCCCCUCCAUCUGAACAAAAACCAUUUGUUCCAUCAUACCGAUUGUUUGAAGAUCUUAAUGUUCUUGGGAGUGCAGACAAAGGGUUGAAGAGAACAGGCACCAUGUCUCCUAGCUUAAACAGUACAUCUAGCCAAGGUAUGGUGGGUGGAAGAAAGUGAAGCUCUACCUAUGAGAGAUGAUCUCAUGGACGUGAUUUAUGUGAAUCUGGUGUAUAUCUAGUCUUUUGCUUGAAUAUUUGAAGUCUUGCACACUCUACUUGUACAGCAUAAAUGUAAUCAUUGUCUUAUUUAUACUCUCACCAAUGGUUACCCCAACAACAUUCCCCUUGCUUGAAA